CAAACCAAUUUUCUUUAUCCAAAUUGUCACGAAUCCCAAAAAAUAUGGUUUAUCCAAUUCAAUCCGAUAUUCGAUCGGCGAUUCAAAUCGCUGCCGUCUUCCGCCACCACAACCAUUACCACCACCUCACAAAUCACCGCCGGCGACUUCCUCCCUCCGUCAUUUCAUACCGGAACUCUCCGAACUGCUGCUUCACGGUGAACUCCGCCUUUAAACUCAGAGCUUUCACCACCAAUGAUGGCGAUACUACAGCCCAGAAGGUUUGUAAUAAGCCAUCGUUAUGCACUGCCGAUGAACUCCACUACGUAUCUGUUAAUAAUUCCGAUUGGAAACUUGCUCUCUGGCGCUACAUUCCUCCUCCUCAGGCUCCAAAGAGAAAUCAUCCCCUGCUUCUGUUGUCUGGUGUGGGGACUAAUGCUAUUGGAUAUGAUCUUGCUCCUGGGACAUCUUUCGCCCGGUACAUGUCUGGUGAAGGAUUUGACACUUGGGUUCUUGAACUUCGUGGAGCUGGGUUGAGUGUGCAGGAGUCAGAUUCCACAAACAUUGAGAAGACUGCAAUUGCAGUCUCAGAACAGAUGGAAGCUGCCGCUGAUAAUGCUACUGACAAAGUUCUUUCUGCAGCACAGCAGUCAACAGAUGCCCAGAGUACCUUAGAAGAGUCUGACACAGCUGUGGUCAAAGAAGAAUCCACAGCUAUUGCAACAAUGUGGGAUGAGUCAAGAGUAGUAAACGAGCUUACGGAAAUAUUUAUGCGUUUGUCAGAAAGAGUCUCUGGCUUCCUCAAUGAAAGCCAAUCAAGGAUUAUGUCUGCUAAACUAUUUGAUCAAAUAUCAAAAUUAUUAGAGGAUUCCUUUCUUUAUGAACGCUUUAACGAGACAAGGGGGAAGUUGUUAAGUCUGCUGGAGACAGGGCAAAACUCUGCCGUUGUUGACCAAGUAAAGGAUCUUAGCCAAAAGCUAGUUAAUAUCAUUGAAGAAGGCCAACGUUCUGUUUCUCCAUUAGUUGAUCUGCAUGAACGUCUAACCACUACCAUAGAAGAUUUCCAGAAACAGCUUGACUUGAUUGUCAAGUAUGAUUGGGACUUUGAUCAUUACCUGGAAGAGGAUGUUCCUGCUGCGAUGGAAUACAUUAAGGCCCAAACUGCACCAAAAGAUGGUAAACUUCUUGCCAUUGGACAUUCUAUGGGAGGAAUAUUACUGUAUGCUUGGCUAUCACAGUGUGGAUUGCAAGGAAGAGAGUCUGGAUUAACUGCUAUUGUAACUUUGGCUUCAUCACUGGAUUACACAUCUUCGAAGUCUGCACUCAGACUGCUCCUACCCCUUGCUGAUCCUGCCCAAGCUCUCAAUGUACCUGUUGUCCCUUUAGGAGCAUUACUCGCAGCAGCUUAUCCUCUUUCUUCUCGCCCUCCUUAUGUGUUGUCUUGGCUUAAUGAUUUAAUAUCAGCUGCAGACAUGAUGCAUCCAGAGUUGCUGAAAAAGCUCGUAUUAAAUAACUUCUGUACUAUUCCUGCUAAACUUAUUUUGCAGUUGACUACAGCUUUUCGAGAAGGGGGACUCCGUGACAGAAGUGGUAAAAUAUUCUACAAGGAUAAUCUUCACAAAACCAAUGUACCCGUGUUGGCUGUUGCUGGAGAUAAAGACAUAAUCUGCCCACCAGAAGCAGUGUGCGAAACGGCAAAGCUUAUCCCCGAGCACUUGGUCACCUACAAAGUAUUGGGGGAUGAUAAUGGUCAGCAUUAUGCUCAUUAUGACUUGGUGGGAGCACGCAUGGCCGCAGAACAUGUAUAUCCUUGUAUAAUCCAAUUCUUAAGCCGUUAUGAUGAUACUAGCUAGGGCCUGUACUCUAGUUUUGACCAUUCUUUGGGUAGCGAGCUCCAUAUUCUUGGCGCCAAAAUACGCUUGUGAUGGUCUCAUUCAUCACUCGUAUCCAUAGAUGCUAGUUAACA